AUGUAUUUUGAAUACAAUGUUCAGAAUAGUAAUAAAUAUUACAGGUGUAGUGAUGGCAUAUGUUCACAACCAAUUGCAAAGUAUAAAGAUUGUACAGAGUUAAAGAAGAAAACAAAGAAAAAACUGAAUGAUGGUGUUUACAAUAUUUAUCCAGGGGGAGAUAAUCCUGUUCAGGCGUUCUGUGAUAUGACAACAGGGGAGGCUGGACGGUAUGAUUUACUUGAUUCAUGUUAUGUUGAAACGAUUGUUCAGGCUGUUGAUCAUAUUUCUAGUGAAGAUAAUGUGAUAAGGACUGUCUUUUGGCGCAAUGAAUACACCCAUAUGUUGACCUCCAGUGGGAAGUAUGAGUUGAGAGUAGACGUAGUAGAUAAACACAGCGCAAAAAGAUAUUCCGUGUAUAAAACCUUUGUUAUAGGAGAUGCUGCUUCGAAAUACAAACUAACUGUUGGUGAUUACUCUGGAAAUGCAGGAUUAGAAACCAGAGAUAGGGGGAAUGAAGAUCCACUAUCUAUACCGUUGAUAAGCGACAAAGGAGCACCACUGGUUGCCAUGCUAGAUACAAAAGCCAUUAACAGGAAAAUAAAAGUCUACAUCAGAACACUAAUGAGGGAUAUGAUUCAAAGUACUAUACGAGAAGAAUUUAAAAGUCUUUUUAAGACAUCAUUGGAAGAAAACUCGACCAUAGACUUCAUCAGAAAUAUCACCCUUCAGGAAAUAAAUAACGUUGUGAAAGAACAAGGACAAGAGAAAUUAUCAAAUGAAGGUAUGAGUCCCCCUGCAGUUGUAAAGUACAAAGAUUGUUCUGACCUUAAGAAAAAAACAAUGAAAAUACUGAAUGACGGUGUUUACACGAUUUAUCCAGGAGGAAAUAAACCUGUUCAGGCGUACUGCGACAUGACCACAGACAGGGGAGGAUGGACGGUUAUGUUAAAACGGUUUGGUGGAUCUGUUGACUUUAGACGUACCUGGGUUGAAUGCGAAAAUGGAUUUGGAGAUAUCCAUGGCGACUUCUGGUUGGGCAACAAAUACACCCAUUUGUUGACCUCCACUGGGAAGUACGAGUUGAGAGUUGACAUGGUGGAUACAAACAACAAAACAAAAUAUGCUGUAUAUAAAACAUUUAUUAUAGGAGACGCUGCAUCAAAAUAUAAACUCACUGUUGGCGAUUAUUCUGGAAAUGCAGGUGAUCUUUUAAUAUUUCACAACGAGAUGAAAUUUUCCACAUUUGACCAGGACAACGACAAAGCUAAAACCAAUUGUGCAUUAGCACACACAGGAUCCUGGUGGUAUAAAGCUUGCUUCCAAUGUGACCUCAGUCGUACUGAUAGCCCACCAUUCUGGACCAAUACAAUAUCGACAUCAGUUAUGAUGAUCAGGAAAAUAUGAAGUCAAAGAUAUUUAAAAUAAAGAGUAAAUAUUA